UGUAAACAUAAUUGGUCAUUUUUGUCUUCUCACUCUUAUAACGUAGUGCUAUUUCUAUCGCAGUUCUUUCCCAAGAAUGAGAAAUAUGUAUCCUUGUUUUCGGGUGGUGACGAGCAAGAUAUAGUUGACAAAAGAAGUAAAUUGCGGGAGCAAAUCAAAGCCAGUAUAGUUGCUGCUGCCGCAAGUGGGAAAGAUUUGGAAGAAACAGGGAGCGAAGAUGAUGGGCUUCUGGAUUUAAGCAGCGAUGACUUCUUUGAAAGUGGAAGCUCAAGUGAUGAUGCUGAUGACGAGUUGACUGAUAAAAGUGCAAGAGAACAAGCUUCUAGUACAUCAGUGAAAGCAGCUUCUAGCAUGUCCAGCGAUGAAAAAAAUCAGAGGCAAAUAUCUGCCCGUGCUCUAAUGCCACCACCUCGUCCUUCGAGCAAGUCAUUUAGUCAUUCAGUAAAUAAAAAAUCACGGUUUGGAGGAUCUACAAGUAAGAAAUCAUCUUUUCGUGAUAUGUCAACCUCCAGCAACACAUCAGACAGCAUUGAUCGAUCUGCCUUCAGAAAAGGAAGACCUGCAGAUUCACUCACAGGCAACAGUGGCAAUAUCAGCUCUAGCUCUGAUGCUCGAAAACCCCGAAGAAAGAGAAGACCAAAGAAGAAAAAACAACAGGCUUGAAUCAAGUUCGUAUAGUUGCCAAUAUAAUGUUGCAGCUUGUUUGUACCAGAGUUUAGUUCUGAGGACAAUUGAAAUGUCUCUGUAUUUCAAGAAUUAGAUAGAAAAUUUGCUGAGGCUACGGGUGUGUUUGGUAUAACGGAAAAUGUUUUCCAAGAAAAUAUUUUCUUGGAAAACAAGUAUUAAUCUUAUUCA